CGCGUUUAUUGACUAUAGAAUAGAAGAAUUGGCGGAUUUAACGACAGUGAAUAUGCUGCAUAUGCAGUGCAUCUUUAAAAAAAAGUAUACUCUGCACUUGCCCACUUCUUCUUUUUCUUCUUUAUCAGCCCGUGUAAAAUUCAUUAUGCUCAGCAUAUAUGAUCGAGCCCAGGGUCUGAACACUGAGUAUGUUGCAUGAAAUAUGACUGAAGCAAUCUUGACCACCAAAACAAUACACACCAUCAUCAUUCACUUCCAAUAUCAUCUUCAAGAGACACAUGUCGCGGUGAAUGGCAAGUCGGAAUUGGUGUUUUUGAACACAGCACCUUAGCAACAUACAUCAUCACAUUCGAACUCAAGCAAUGAUGGAGAUCGAUCGAUCUUCAUCACCCAAUGGAAGCUCAGCCGCUUCAACGGCAUCAUGUUCACGUUUCGUUCACAUCUUUCGCAAAGCGCCAAAGCAACCGGAAUGUGAUGAUCCGAAAAAAUGGGCAAAAUUCUUAGCAGCAUAUCAAAAAGGAGAAUGGGAUAGUACGGCAACUUCACUGAAAGCUUGCAGUAAAAAAGCACAAAAAGUCAAAACUGAAGGAGGCAAAGAGAUUGAUAAUUUUGAAUUCUUUUCAAAAUUCAAAUAUCUAGCCGCACCACCCCUACCCAGAGAGAAAAGUUGCCUUCGAAAGGAAACUUUGCUACGGCAUGGCUUUACAGGUCCUCAAAUUCGUCCAUCGGUCAAUAGAUACGUCAGACAUGCAAAGAGCGUGUUCAAAUGCGAUUACGUAUCUGUUUCAGUUGCUUCCAGUGAUGAAAAGAAUACCCUCUUCUUGGCAUCAGAAGGAUCGGCUUGCCUUGUCACCAAUACGGUCAUGUGUGGUCAUGCAAUGCUCUUGGGCGAAGACGAAGUGUUUGUAGUGCCCAAUAUUGGCGAGGACUGGCGAUUCAAACAUUUGAUCGAAGACCAAGAAAACAAAGGGCCCGGUAUGCAUUUCUAUGCUUCGGCACCAAUCUUGUUAACAGCACAGGUCGAAUCGGAUGAAGAUCAAGUACCCGUACAUGUUGGGAGACUAACGAUCAUGCGAGAAGAACCUUGGAAAGAAUUUGGUGACGCUGAAGCAGAAAUAUUACUCGACAUCGCUCGUAUGACGCAAGAAACGUUGGAGAACGAAUACUUGCAAAAUUACACAAGAAAGGUACAAACAAUGCAAAGGGAAGCCGCAAAGAUAAGUUACAAGCUCAAUAUGAUGCUGGACUCAGAAGUGUUUUCACAAGAAGUUGCACAGGGAGACAGAACAGGCCUGCUAUUCAAUUCAUCCUGCAUUCAAGUUGUUAUAGACGUUUUGCGCGAACAGAUUGGCGCUUCAAACGUAGCGGCGAUAGAUGCGAGCAAUCUUCACUUGAUGUCUCCAGCUCGAACAUCCUACAAUUCUAGUUCACCUAGGACUAGCACAAAUUUUGGUGCUUCUCCGGCAGGAUAUACGUGGAUGUCAAGAUCCGCUUCGACCACAUUCUCACCCUCACAAGAGCCCAUGUCACCUUUGCUUGGUGCAUCAUUACUCACGCCAAGUUCGGAAGAUUCAAUUACCACUUCUGUUGAAUCAGGCUCGCCUACUCAACAAAAAACUCCAAGACCUCCAAGACAGCACUAUCGAUCAAAUUCAUCCAUAUUCUCCUACAGCAAUGACGAUGAGAUGUACAAAACAGAUCCUCUGACGCCUUUACGCAUCAUUUGCACUUCUGGUGACGAGACACAAUCGCCUCAAGUGAGUAAUCCAUCACAACGUUCGGCAGUUUGUGGAUUAUUCACAGACCUCAAGCGAAAGGGUUUAUACACCAAACCACAAUGGUACGAUUUGACGCUCGAUCCUGAUUCAGACGAUGAUGAAGAAGAAACACCGCAAACAGUCAAGAAUUCCUUGAGUCCAAUCUUGCCUGCUCAAGCAAAAUCAUGUGUUGCUAUUCCGGUCUUUUCCAACGAUCGUACUCAUCCCCUAAGUCUUAUCGUAGCUACGUGGGAUACACCGAAAUCACUCUUGAACGCUGAACGAUACUUUUGUUACACCAUUGGCGUAAUGUUGGCCGCUAUGGCAUUCCGUCAACAGGCGAGUAUCGCUGAUCGUGCCCAACUUGACUUUAUUCGCUCUGUACAACAUGAAUUACGUACGCCUUUGAACGGUAUUUUGGGAAUCACUGAUUUCUUACGUCAAAGUUUGAUCAACGAUUCCGAGGCGGAAAAGCUCGAUUUAACGCAUGAUGGUCUAUUGGCCAAUCUGCUUGAAUCGAUCCGAUUGUCUGGUGUCAAUCUUUCGACAAUUCUUGAUGAUGUUUUAGAUUUUGGAGCAGUUUCUGGAUUAGCACAUUCGCAAGCGCCUAGAGCAACACAAAUUGAAGAAGUGGAUUUGGAACGUGAAGUUGAAGAUGUUUGUUUGGAUAAUAUUGAGCAUCUUGCGCUAUCAAAACGUCAAGAUAGUCAUAUGGGUCAAAGUAUGGGCAUCUUUAAUGUACCGACAUUGCUUAUCAGAGUUUCACCCGAUCUUCAAUCAAGAUUCCGAACCGAUCGUUCAAAAUUGCGCAAGAUAUUGAACAAGUUCAUCAACAACGCAUUGCGCUAUACUGAUGAAAGCGGAGUUGUUGAAGUAAUUGUUCAAGCCUCUCGUCGUCGUGAUAGUGUCACAGGCACGAGCAAUUCAAAAGGCAUGCAGAUCGGUUCAGAUCGCUGGGUAGAUUUCAACAUCAAGGAUACCGGCGUUGGAAUGUCGAAAGAGUUCCUGGCGAACUCGCUCUUGAAGCCUUUCAGCAAAGCAGACUCCUUUAGUCAAGGAGUUGGUUUGGGUGUCACGAUCGCUGCUAGCUUGAUUUCGCAAUUAGGCGGUGGCUUCAACGUGCAAAGUGAACUGGGAAAAGGAACGCAUGUUCAACUUUCUUUGCCUCUAGGAUUGGCUGCACCUUUACGUCAUCCAACGCCUCGUAGGUCUUCAAGCCUUGCUUCAGCCAAGCCUUAUCAGGUCAAGACUGCGGCUUUCCAUGGGUUUGAAGGAGAAGGUCAAACUGCAGUUGCGGAUCUCAUUCGUGAGCGACUUGUACAGAAUGAUGUUCGCAUCGUUGAUGCAAAUCAAUCUCCCGAAUUGCUCAUUUUGCAAGAAGCAUGCUUGUAUAGGCCUAGCGAAGAUAAUCAAACAUUGAUUGACACUCCUGCCUCAGCUCUACCACGCACUUCUGGACCUAGAGCAAGAACAUUGGUCGUUACAAGAACAGCACUCAGAAGUCGAGCAUCUCGUGCUUUGGAUGGCUUAACCGUUUGGUUCUUCCGACCUCCGUUUGGUCGUGAUAGUUUGGAAUUGAUGGAUGAGUUCUUACGUGAAGAAUCACCUGUUGUAUUGAAACGGAUCCCAACACCUUCGCAUACCGCAAAGAACAUUUUGAAUAAAGUCAGAGAUAGGCGACAUACAGAUGCUAGCGCUCAUCCUCGAUCACCAGUCAAAACGCCAGACAGCAAGAGAAAUCGAGAUGAAUCUGCAACACAAGCAACAUCUAGCUGGGACGAGAUGGAAUCGCUCACUAAUUCGGUCGCUACUUCAGCAAUCUCAAGUGCACCUCCUCUGGAAUCACCCGGAAUCGCAUCAAAGCAAUUACCAAUUCAUGACAUGCUUUCUGAAAAAGCUGUUCAGGCUACGCAAACUGCACAAAACAUCACUCCAGUCGCACAACGAGCAGAAGGCGGUGAUAAAACCACGGCGGAAGAAACGUCAAAGCAACUGAAACCGUUUAGGAUCUUAGUGGUGGAAGAUAAUCCGGUCAAUAUGAAAUUGAUCACGACAUUGCUGAAACGUGAGAAAUAUUCAUUCGUCGAAGCGAAAGAUGGUGUCGAAGCUGUUGAGCAAUACAAAGCAUUUGAACCUUCUGUGGUUUUUUUGGAUAUUUCAUUGCCACUCUUGGACGGCUUUGGCGCUUGCAUUCAAAUGCGUGCUCAUCAACUAGAGCAUAUCCCCAAGAUUAUCGCCAUCACAGCUUUGAGUUCGACCGACGAUAAAGUUCGCGGUCUGGAAGAAUGUGGUAUGGACGAUUGGCGUACGAAACCGUUGAGUAUCAAAACUUUACGUACCGAUAUGGUGGCCUGGCAAAGGGAUUGGGAAAUCGCAUGGCAUGGAGAGAAUGAACUCCAAAACGCCGAAAUCGUCAACAACAACAACGUAUCUGUCACUGUUUAGUGGCUAAUGUCACCUCAAAAAAAAUUUUCCCAAAUCAUUCGCAACUUCUUUAUUUUUUCUACCUCCCUUUUUACAACGGUAUCGGUAUAAUACCACUAUUAUGGUAAUCAUUGACUCCAAUUUGGGCAUUCGUCACAUUUAAGGCAC